AUGCUACUCUACGGAGUCAUCUGCAUGCAGACAUUCCGCUACUGGCAAGCAUACGAGCAUGACAGGAAGAUUCUGAAGUGUUUGGUCGCAUCCAUCUGUAUUCUGGAGACUGUCCAUACGGCAUUGACAGUAUACGCUGUCGAGUUUUAUCUCAUUAUGCAUUUCGGAGAUGACACAAAUUUGGAAUACGCAGUUUGGGGCAUGCCCGCUUCAUAUGUUAUCGGUUUUAUUAUAGCUUAUGCUGUAAAUCUUUGUUUCAUUUGGCGAAUACUGCAAUUGAGCCAAAAACGCUGGAUCGCUAUUUGCUUUAUCAUUUUGGCAACCAUUCGCUGUGGCUUUGGACUUGCAAACUGUUCCUUGAGUUUCUACUAUCCCAUGUGGAAGAUAUUUAGGCAACACGUCUUUCCAACUAUGGUGGUUGGAUGGGUGCUUUCAGCAGUGGUCGAUAGUACGAUUGCAUUCACACUAUGUCUAUACCUCCGAAAACGUCGCACUGGCAUGAAUCAAACUGACAGUAUCCUUAACCGCCUCCUAUUGUAUAGCAUCAACACUGGUGCAGUCACAUCGUUCUGCGCUAUUCUGGUGGUAAUCAUGUUUCUCAGUCUACCAAAUAAUCUCGCGUUCAUUGGUUUUGUCCAAGUCCAGAGCAAACUCUAUGCGAUAUCAUUUUUGGCAUCGUUAAACACUCGCAAAAGACCUGGAAUGACCAAGCAGACCGUUCCUACAGUGGAAGGCGUUGCUCUUUCAUUCAUGCCUGACAUUUCGGCGUUCGAGACAUCACACCAACAGUCGUCACACCUGCCUGCCAUUGAAGUCCGGAAGAGUAUUGUGAUGAAUAUUUAUGGCGAUGAUCUGGAUACUGGAAUGGACAGCACAGUUCACGAGAGCGAAUGUUAAGUCUGCACUAACAAGCCAG